CAGUAGAAGAGACGAACAGCAGCGGUGUGGAGGAAACUGGCUGAGGAAGUUCUCGUGGUCGCUUUCCACAGACGGAUGAAGAGCAGGUGACUCUUCACGCCGAAUAUUUCCGCCGGAUACAACAAGUUUAUUUUUUUUUUUUUUUUACUGUUUGUGCAUCAUGUAAAGAGAGCUGCCGGUUUGUGCAACAGGAGACAGACAUUGCAUCUUUUUUGUGCCUAAAACACGAAGAGGAGAAGAUGAGGUGAAAGAAGGUUUUGGUGACUGAACAUCAAUGAGUGACCUUUGACCUUUGAGUGAGAACUUUCUCCCUGGGAGGGCUUCCAGGGAGGGAGGGUCCAGAGACAAACAUGGAGAGCUAUUCAGGGGGGAUCACUACUGCACCCAACAUCACCAACUGCACCAUCCCACCCGCCAGCACUGCGCUGCCGGUCCAGUUCACGGACGGGAUGGCGGUGGUGGUGGUCGUUCUCAGCCUCCUCACCCUCCUCACGGCGCUCGUCAACGGCGGCGUCAUCAUCGCCAUCUGCACGACCAAGAAGCUCCACCUGCCCGCCAACUACCUCAUCUGCUCUCUGGCCGUCACCGACUUCCUGGUGGCUCUCCUUGUCAUGCCAAUCAGCAUCAUCUACAUCACCAUGGAGACGUGGUCGCUGGGUCAGGUGGUGUGCGAGGUGUGGUUGAGCGUGGACAUGACCUGCUGCACCUGCUCCAUCCUGCACCUGUGUGUCAUAGCCCUGGACCGGUACUGGGCCAUCACCAAAGCUAUCGAAUAUGCUCGCAAGAGGUCGGCCCGCCGAGCCGGCGUCAUGGUGGGGACAGUCUGGGUGAUCUCGGUUUUCAUCUCCAUACCUCCUUUGUUCUGGAGGCAGAGGUCCGGCAGCAGCAGCAGCAGCAACCUCCAGCAGUGCAUCAUAGAACACGACCACCUGGGAUACACUAUUUACUCUACGCUGGGAGCUUUUUACAUCCCAAUGAUCAUCAUUCUCAUCUUAUACUACAGGAUUUAUAACGCCGCCAAGACACUUUACCAAAAGCGCGGCUCUUCUCGCCACCUCAGCAGCCGCAGCAUCGGCAGUCAGAACUCUGUCGACCAUUGUCGAGUGUCCCACACAUUCUGUGUGUCAGACUUGUCCAACUCAGAUCCAACGCUGGCUACUGACAAACUCAACACCACCAUCCGUAUCCCGUCCUUUGAGACAGAUAUGGAUGGGCAGGAUGAGAAGAACCAGAUUUGUACGUCACGUGAGAGAAAAGCAGCACGAAUCCUCGGCCUCAUCCUGGGAGCUUUCAUUAUCUGUUGGCUGCCUUUCUUUAUGAAGGAGCUCCUGGUGGGUCUGCGGGUUUUACAGCCCUCGCAGCUCAUCUCAGACUUCCUGACUUGGCUGGGUUAUAUCAAUUCUCUCAUCAACCCCCUGCUGUACACCAGCUUUAAUGACGAUUUUAAGCUGGCUUUUAAAAAGCUCCUCAAGAGAAAAGAGCAUGCAUAGGUCUGAGUAAAAAAAAAAAAAAACACCAGUGGAAUGUAUACACUCUGUCUGUCUACUGGCAACAUGACGUGGGAUGCUGUGCUUUUCAAGAAAAAAAAAAGACAUCUCACCAAACAAUGUAUAGCAUUCUCUGUUUUUCUCAAUGAAAUAAAAAAUUAUGACUA